AUGGACAACAACAUUUACCGGUGGAACCACGAUAUUCCGAACAAAUAUUUCACAGACCCUCGGUACAAUGAUGGAUCUGCAUUUUGGCUGAGCCGGCAAGAUUCGGGAGAAUCGAUCGGCUCCUCACAUAGUUCCGACUCCCAUUACUCGUCAUACUCAGGAUAUCCUUACAAUGGAGCACCAGCAUACUACGAACAAAUGCAGCAGGCCGCCAUUCACGGUUACCCCAAUAAUUCUCACAUCAGCUACAUUGGCUCGUCGUCGUCGAGCGCACCUCAGAGACCUACAGCGUCUACCCGUCAUGAUCCAACCUCGUUCUCAUCGAGUUCGAGCAAGCGCGAGCGUUUCUAUUUGUUCUUCUUGACUGUCCCUGGCCGAGGUGCGAGCGUAGAGGCGAUCGAGGAUUUCCGAGGCUCGAUCAUCUGA